AAACAUUAUUUUAUUAUUAUUCAAUAAAUAAGCACAUGAAACUGUUUUCUCUUAAUGAAAGCGGAUUAUCAAUUAAUUUAAAUAAUAUAGAACUAAGACUCGUAAACAGCAGACUGUUAUCAUAAUAUGUAGUGAUGUAUUAUGUUAUUAUUUAUCAUCAAAAUUCAAAAUUACAAAUUGAAUUCAAUUAUAAAUCAUUUAAGAGAAAAUCUCUAGGCAUCUUUUGAAUUUCAAGUUUCAGUUAACUAGAAGAAUUGCUAACCAGAAAAACAUGUGCAAUUUUUUCAAUUCAUACUUAUAUUUUAUCAGUUUAAUUCACUUACCAUAUUAUUUAACACAAACUGAUUGGGAUAUUCGAGCCAAUGUUAUUUUUCCUUCACCGUCUUCAUCAUCUCCGACAACUCCAAUACCUGUAGUUCCACAAAAAUCAACAAUAUAUACUGUAGGUAAUGAAAUGAAAAAUGUAGUAACUGAAAGUAGUAGAACAAAUAUACUACAAUCUGUUGAUGAAGUUAUUGAAAAACAAGAAAUUAGAAUAGAUUGUUUGGAAGCAUUGCACAAUUGUGAAUUAUUUAGUGGAAUAUGUAAAGUGGAUGUAGAUAUUUUCAAAACAUUUUGUGGAGAUUGGACUGAUGAGCGCAGUUUAAUGGGGUGCCAGCGUAAAUAUUUACGAGAAUGUCAAUCAGCUCUUAGAACCAUGAAUCUUGGACGUCCAGGAUUAAAGCAUUGCAUAUGUGAUAGUCGGUCUAGCCGUUCGAUUGAUGACUUAACCAAAUGUAAUCUACUUAGAAAAAAUUUAAACAAUCAUCCAUGUUUGGCUGAAUCACCAAUAUUUCUUCGUGAAUUACAUACAUCUGGAAAAUUUCGCCAUGAAUCUAGAAAGGAAAUAAAACCAGAAAGUAAACCUACUCAAUCAACAAGCAAUAUGAAUACAAAUGUGAAACGUCUGAAUACAACAUCACUAUUGGUCGAACCCUUUGUAUCGUCUAUACCGAUGACUACUGAAUCUCCUAUCACUAUGAAUAUGCUGUCUAGUGUAGGAUUACCUAACAGUGAAUUAGUUGAUCAGCAUUUGAACAAAAAUAAACAAAAUACAAGUUGUUUAGAUUUACUUGAAAAUUGCACUAAAUUGCCAGCAUGUGCCAUAGCACUUAAUAAAUUUCGUGCAUUAUGUACUGUGAGAACUUGUAAUAAGCUGAAAUCACAAUGUUUAGAAGCAUCAAAGAAAUUUCUUCAACUUAAAACACAUAUGAAUUGUGACUGUAAAAGUGAAUUAAACGAAGGCAGAUACCGUAGAUGUUUAGAUUAUAAAGAGGCUGUAAUUGAUAAUAAAUGUGUUGAAAUUUCAUCAAAUCAAGAAAUAAACUUGGUUAAUGGAAACGAAUUGGAAUAUUCUUUUGUAAAUAUGAAUUUGGAAAAAAAUUUAGCAACUAUUCCAGUUUCACCAGACUAUCAUACAGCUGUUCAAAAUAAUUCAACAACUUUAGAAAAUGAAACAUUAUCAGUAUUACACCAGUCACACUUUAUCAGUUCUAAUAUUAGUGGUCAAAGAUCAAACGAAUUAACUGAUAUAGAAACAAUUGUUUCUGAAACAUGGGAUAAUAAAAUGGAAUGUUAUUCAAUAUUUUAUGAAUGUCUUCGUGAACCUGUUUGUCUUCAACAUUUUGUAAAUCUUCGUUAUGGAUGCGCACAGAUGAAUAGGCAGUUUAUUGCCUGUAGAAAUCCAAAUCAGUGUAUAAACUCACUAGAACUUUUUUACAAGGAAACAAAUUCUCUGGUAAAUAAAGCCAUAUCAUGCACUUGUACAGUAAGUGAUUUGGAUUGUCAGCAGAUUCAAAAUGUAUUUGUACCCAGAUGUAUUCAUCAGUCAUAUGGAUUGAGGAUGGAUUGUUAUCAAGCAUGGGUUAAGUGUCAGAAUGAUCCAGUUUGUAGGACAAGUUAUGAUCUGCUAGUUUCAGAAUGUCAAACUUCAAGUGGGCUUUGUUACUUAAAUCCAUCUGCCUGUUUAAACUCUUACCGAAGAUUAUGGAGUGGUCCAUGGGCUGGUGGUUGCAGUUGUGAAGUAACACGACCGAAGUUAAGUCCAUCAAAUAAUGUACUAACAGGAUGCAGUGAAUUCGGUAGAAUUUUAACACAACCUCCCUGCGUUGAAAUCACUCCCGAAACACAUCAAUUAGAAAGCCCAACUUUAACUCACAAUCCAUUAUAUUGUAAAAUGAUGAAAAAACUACAAUUGCCUUCUGAAGAUUUUGUCAGAAUUCCAUCUUUGCGUGAUUAUCAAGAAGACAGGCAGCUUGCACGAAAUUGUUCUUUACUAUGCAAUUGUCACGUUGGUUGUCGAUAUGAAAUGUGUUAUGGAACAGAGAUGAAAAUUUGGCAUGCUUAUUCUUUAUCUAAUCGUACUAGUCAAAAUGUUACUUUUCCAACACGAAUACAGACAAUCAAUAUUUAUCAAGCAAAUUUAUCAUUAGGUUGUCUUUAUCUACCAAAAUUUAAUCGUCACUGUGUAUGUUAUGCAUAUGAUCAUGUUGUCUGUGAUGUAUUCAUUCCGAAAAACCAAUAUUUCUUAACAGGUCAUAAACUAUUGAUUGAUUUCGAUGUGGAAAUGUAUUCUACAACGAUUGAUUUGCUGGCUGAUGAUAAAUCACUUUCAGAAUAUGAAUUUUACGGAAGUAUUAUUCAACUUGAAUUUCUGCUGACCAAUUUCCUAGCACAUUUAUUUGGACAGAAAAGCUGUCGGUUGAUAUUAUCUGCAUAUCAAACAAACGAUGAUAAACAUUUCUGGUUAAAACAACAUUCAACCAACAAUAAUUCGAAUAAGUUAUUAAAACGAUUAGAAUAUCUACUGGCAAUCAAUUUAGAUACAUCUUUUCCGACAGAAAAUAAAACAUCUUUAUGCAUUAAUCUACUAGAAGUUCUAACCAUAAUGAUCAAUGAUCAAUAUCCACAAAUAAGAUAUAAUGUUAAGUUCUCAACAUUUCAAAAAAGCAUUUUAAAAGCACCAGGAUUAAAUGAACAUUAUGAUUUAGAUAGAACUCUUGAUAAAACAUAUCGUUUACAACAAUUACAACGUCAACAACAACAACAACAACAACAGCAACAAGAAACUCAAGCUUGGAGGCAUAUAAGAACAUCGGUACAAAUGCAAAGUAAUAAUAAACUAGAAAAAAAUAAUUCUCACAAAACAUACGUUUCGAGUUACUCCAUGUGUAGUAUUUUAUUGAUUUUUACUAUGUCUACCAACUUUUUUUAAAAGUAAAUUCAAUGAAUGUUAAAGUAUGAACUGUGUAGUUUCAUUCAACAAUUCCAUUUAGACUAAGUAAAGAAAAACAAAUUAAAAGUUCACAGAGCAUAAUUAAUAAAAUAAGAUUUUCAAAUCACCGUAUCUAUUCUUUUGUGAUGUGUAUACGUGUGUACAUUUUAUAGUUCUUCUUAAUGUUAGCUUUCAUUUUUGAUGUAUACUAUUGUUAAUAGGUGUGCUUUUAUGUCUUGUCUUAGCAGUAAGCUUACAGAUCUUAUUUUUUAAUGAAUAUUAAGAAGUAAAAACAUGUAUUUUAAUGCUACAUUAUGAUGAUUUAUCAUUCCAUUGAUUAAAUUGUUCUGUUCACGCAUUUUAAAUACCAGUCCUAUACUUUGGUGAUCUAAUGUUUCAGAAAAAAUCUCUUUCAUAUUGAUAUGUUGGAUUGAAAAACAAAAAUAAAUUUUUAUAGAAAACUAUGCUUGAAUAUACAUAUCUUCAUUGCAAUCUCUAUUUCCUGUACAAAAAGAUAUGAAUUUUUGUUUGUAUCCAAGGUUUUUCAUUGUGUCCUCGAUUUGCCUAUGAUGUUUUUACACUGCAUUUGUAAAACUAUUUCAUAGGUACGUUCAAAAGAAAGAUAAUGUAAUUAUACAAAGAAAUGACAUAAUACUAUAUGAUACAAAUAAAUAAUUCAUUAAAACACUUUGCUACUGUUCAAUAACUUUUUUUGAUUAUGUAUAGACAAUAUUUUGCUGGCAAGAAUUGUUGUUUCGUUCUCCUGUUCUCUAUUGUUUUCUUGCUUUGAUUUUUUGUGAAAUAAAUGAUUAGAUUUUAUUCACCACCCCCCUUUAAAGCUAAUAUUUCACAAAAGUGCAAUCGUUUUGGCUUAAAAGAAAAUAAAAGUAAAUUUGUUUCAUUACUGAUUUAAACCCUUUAUAAAUUACUUUCUUUAUCAGUGGAGCAAACUAUAACCUGAAAAAAGUUUUUGACUAAUAUUUCUACCUCAUGUUUUUGUUUUUUGAAAUGGAAAAAAACUUCAUUUUACCGGUUUAUUUGUGUAUUCGUUUAUGUAAAUUGUGUGUUUGUUAUUGUUCUGUGAUAUGUCCUAAAGCACCAUACCAAAAUAUAUAUAAGAUUAUGUGUGAUCAUUCUAAUUUUACAUUUCAUCCUAAUCUUAACAAGUAAAAAGUACAUCACCUUAAGAUUAAUUGAAUUGGUGCUUCAUUGAAAUACAUAAUUCUAAUGUUUUACUCUGGUAUUCAUCAUCUACUGGUCAUUAUCAAAUGCGUUUCUUGAUAACAUCUGAAACAAUUAUAACUUGCUUUAGUCUGUUCAUAUAGAUAAUGUAAAUUGGCUGUCAGUAAUUCUGCUUCUUUAUGCACUCAUUAUUGUAUAUUGCAGUAUGAACUGAAUUGAAUGCUUUUAGGUUACAAACUAUGAUAUUGUUGUUAUUUGUUUGUUG